GUGACAGUGCCCUGUGUGGUGCGAAGCGCUAAAGUUCAUUUGUUUCUAAUUGUUAUUUUGUGUCUGGUUGCUAUUCGUUAGCAUCAGCAACGAAUUAUAAAUACACACAUCAAUACAUACACACACGAACUACUCUUUUGUUUUUGUGUCUGAAUGUUGUGAUAGACAUAUUGGAAUUGCGCGAUCCGAUACUUCGGAAAUAAAUGGAUAUUAAUAGUGAUCGAAACCGAUUGACCGACAAAUAUGAGAUUAAAGUGGAAAAUAGUGAUGAAGAUAUUAAUGAAUACGCUGAAUCAACAAUGAACGAAUUACUUGGAUGGUACGGUUAUGAAAAUAGACGAAAAGGAAAACCAAAAAUGAUCCCAUAUUGUUCGCAAAAUGGUAGCACCAGUUCCGGUCCAGACUCUCCAAAAUAUUCCGGAAGUUGCGACUGGUGUAGUCAUGUGGUUGACGAUAAUAAAGCUAUUUCGUCAGCGGGUGCUGUGUUUUGCUCCGAACUUUGUUUUUCGCAAUCGAGAAGGGCGAAUUUUAAAAAGAAUAAGACCUGCGAUUGGUGCAGGCAUGUCAGACAUACCAUAUCGUAUGUCGACUUUCAGGAUGGUGCCUCUCAGCUUCAAUUUUGCUCCGACAAAUGUCUCAACCAAUACAAAAUGCAUAUAUUCUGUCGAGAAACGAAGGCACACUUAAAAAUGCACCCUCACGUUCCAGAAAAUGCGAAGUCUUCAGGAGUUCUCAUUACGCCAGAUUUAUGGCUGAGAGACAGCAGGCAAGACGACGCCCUAUCUGCAUCUCCGCCGCCGUGGAUCACAAAGGACGACGUUCAAACAUCCCCCCUCCCACUGAUCUCAUUAGUUCAUCCUUCGAAAUUGAUAGAGCAAAAAACGGAAAACGGUACUUUUCAUAGUAGUAGUAAGAGACAGAAGAGUGCCACUACGCAGAAAAAGAAAAGGAAACGUACACUUCCAGAUAAUUCCUGUACUACAUCACCAGACAGUAAAAGUUUAUGGAACGACUGUCCCCAAGAUCUCAGAAUCAAGCAACCAUAUAUACACAAAAGCACCAACAAUUUGGAAGAAACCCAACCACCUCAUCAAUCUACUAAUUCUAAACUGUUUUAUGACAAAAUUUCCGAAACCUUCGACAAUAAGUCACAAACAUCGAUCAUCCCAAGGAGUACUACACUUCCUCCGGUAACAGUUUUGGUCCCUUAUCCCAUUUUCGUCCCAGUUCCUUUGCCUAUUCCCAUACCUUUUGACAGCAAGUUGCUGAUCCCAAAUAAAGAACCUCCAAAAAACAAUAACUACGAUAAAGAAUUACCAAAAACUGACGGCAAAACAAUCAUCGAUGAUAACGACAAGUUAUUAAAUUUGAGUAGUUGUAAUAAUUAUAAUAAUAAAUCUCCCGAUAAAAAAGAUUUAUUGGAAGACGGAUGUGAGCAAACUAUUAUUCGAAAUUUGAAUGUAGAAGAAUUGUUAGAAGAAAAAAAUGGUUUCAGUAGUCCCGCAACUGCCAAAGAAUGUCCCCAAAAGCCACAGAACUUAAGACUGAGAUCUCUAAAGAAAAGGAAAAAGAUUUUGGAAGUAAAACGGAAAAGUUUGCAACUGAGAGCCAAAAGGACAACUGUCUCCACCUAAUUAUUUCUCUUAAUGUGUAUAAUAAUAAUAAGCGAUUAAUUUAUUGGAAACUUCAAGCACAAACUGUAAUCUAAUAAAAAAUAUAAAGUCC